AUGGAAAUGGAAAGAUUUUGCGGUCAACUCUGCCGCUACUUCCCCUCGUACUUUGAGAAGAGGAAAAUCUGUGCCGUGAUAUUUGACUCCAGUGAGUUUUGUAGGACCUGGAUUCGCAGGUGGCACUGGCAUCGUAUCAAGAGCUAGCAUCGCUUAUGUUGACAUAGUGGCUGGCCUCUGAGCCGUUUUCCGCAAACUACCGACCACUCCCAUUUGUGCAGGUCAGUAACUUCAUUACUUCCAGGCUUCCUACCCGCAUAGCCUUCCUGAUAUUCUGGCCUCUGAGCCGUUUUCCGAAAACUAUCCACCAAUCCCAUACUUGCAGUCGGCAUGUUCAUCAUGGCAGGGGAGGCUAUAAGGAAGACACUAGUGUUGGGCUUUUGUUUCUACACUAGGAGCACAAGGGCAAUUUUGCAAGCAGAUGCCAACUUUUUCUGCGGCACGCCGUGUACGUAGGAGCGAAUGCUUUGCCUACGCGACCAGGCAGACUGGCGUUCGCCUGGAGCCAGCUGGCGGAGACCAAACUAUCGAUCAGCAUCAGGGCUAUUGUGUUCAUCCUUCUGCCCUUCCACCGGCCGUCGGCGCAAAAUUCGGCCCCGUUUUGUCAGCGUCGUCAGCGUUCACACCUCAUGGCGUGUCCCGCGCUCGAGAAAUCUCAUGAAUGAGUAAUUAGCAUGGCGUAGAGGUGAGCAUGAUCCAUGCAGACUACUUAACUGAAAUUGCGGUAAGCAGAACGCCCCAUUGUCCGUCUAGAUGGUGGUUAUCUUCCCAGACUUGGUUUAAUUAGCGGAAAAGGAGUGUGAAUGAGCGAAAUUAAUUUAGACACCAGUUUGAGUGCACAGAUUAACCCUUUCUAUCCUUCAAUAUUUGUCCUGAGUAAAUGGCUUGUCUGAUUGACAGGAAUCUAUAGUAUGCCAUAUUUGUGGGGGGUAGGGGUGUCCGGUUUUGGAUCCACGUGAUCGUCGUAGUAGGUCGCUCACUUGCCUACAGGUGUAGACUAAGUCUAGCGUCAACCAUCUGGCACCCAACUCUCGCCUGUGACCAAUCAAAAAUAGGCUCUGCCUAGCGGCAACACCCAGGCAACAGUCUCGACCGGCGGCCUAAGCCACGUGAGGGUAUCCGUGCGUGCAUCUCCGUACACGGUAAUUCGGCUCCGCUCCCAUCAUUGAUAGCCGGAUGGAUCACGGCUUCUGCUUCUCUAAGAUGAGGCUCCGUCUGCAACCCCUCAGGAGGCCACAAACCCUCAGCAAGCUACUGACCGUCCCCUUAGUUCUCUCUCUCUCUCUCUCUCACCUAUUCUCCGCUCCUCUCCACACUACGCCACACUCUCUCUACCCCCUGCUCUACUCUCUUGCUCCACGGCCGAAAGUCCCACGGAUCGCCGCAUCGCCACCUCCAAGAUGAAGCCUCGUGUGCAACCCUGCAGGAUGACACCUGAUAAGUAACCCCCCCGCAGGUAAGCGAACAUUGUUCUAUUGCCUUUGCUUCUUGUUUGCUCUUGCUUGCCUGCUUUUUUGUCUGCUUGCUUGUGUUUGUCCUUGUCGUAAGCUAAACGCCGUUCUGUUGGAGUUGUCUGUUCACCGCUUAUAUAUUUCAACAACCAGUUGGCCUAGAGAGGAACGGAAAAUCCUGCUUCCCGUUCCUUUAAUCUUCCCCUCCCCCACUCAAAAGUCCUAUACGGAGAGCCACAGCAACCACGUAGGCGGCCCAGGCCAGCUCGGGUCGUUCUUCCACUAAACAAAUGUCGUGGCCCAUAGCGGAGUGCCUCAGCCGUUUGGGAUAACCGAGCAGCUCUAUUUAGAGACAGCACCACUGCUCACUCCCGCGAGGGGGAAGGGGCUAGAAAAGGUGCCCUGAACAAAUUCUGGGGAUCCACGCCCUCUAUGCGCUGACCGUGGCCCGCAGGCGCAAAACGCACGGUCGAAACAAUCAAAUCCAAAACAACGCUCUCUCUUCCCCCUCCUCCUCUCCACCGUCCCACUAGCCAGACUAGCGGGGUGAGUCCGCUCACUCUGGCAGACUGGAAUGCUCGUUCCAUUUUAGACAAUCCGAGGAGCAACCGAUCGGGACGGAGGACGGCGCUAGGGACUGGGGAACUGGCGCGCUACAAGGUGGACAUCGCUGUACUCAGUGAGACCCGCUUCUCUGAAUAAGGCCAACUGGAAGAAGUGGGUGUCGGCUACGCCUUUUUUUGGAGUGGUCGACCCAAGGCAGAGCGACGGGACGCGGGUGUCGCCUUUGUCAUCCGGAAUUACAUCGUGAGACGACUGUCGCAGGGCAUCAACGAUCGUCUGAUGGGCCUCCGAUUGCCCCUCGCCACCAUCGUUAGCGUCUACGCUCCACUGAUGACCAGCCCUGACGAGGCGAGGGACACAUACUAUGGGGACCUACACGUCCUCCUGACAACUGUGCCGAAGGCGGAUAAGCUGACUGUCCUUGGUGACUUCAACGCCAGCGUCGGCACAGACCAUGCUGUCUGGAGAGGAGUGCUCGGCCCCGUAGUCUCCAUGGCUCCUCCUAUGAACCUGCGCAGAACACCGGCUCAUCAUAACCAACGUCUUCUUCUGCCACCCGAUGCGAGAGAAGGCCAUAUGGAUGCAUCCUCCGUCACGUCAUUGGCACCUACUGGACUAUGUCCUCGUCCGGAGGCGAGACCAACGGGACGUGCUAGUGACAAGAGCGAUUCCAGGUGCCGACGGGUGGACCGACCAUCGCCUUGUCAUCUCGAAGAUGCGUAUUCGCCUACAGCCUCGAAGGUGACUUCAAGGUAA